AUGGCAGACCAGGCACCUACAGACCAGGUUGCAAACUUGCACCUGGAUGAAGUUACCGGCGAGAAGGUGUCUAAGUCGGAGUUGAAGAAGAGACAGAAGCAGCGCGAGCGAGACGCCAAGAAGCAGGAAAAGGCUGCUACCGCACCACCUAAAGCUGCGAAGAAGACGAAUGCUGAGGCAGACGAGAAGGAGUUGACUCCUAACCAAUACUUUGAGAUUCGAUCUCGAGCUAUCACCAAGCUCAUUGAGUCUAAGGACCCAUAUCCUUACCCCCACAAAUUCAACCGCGAUUAUGACCUCAACAACCUCGUGAGCGAAUAUGGUCACCUCAAGUCCGGAGAACACGACAAAUCCAAGACUUUGCGUGUGGCCGGCAGAAUAUACAAUAAGCGCGCCUCCGGGAGCAAGCUACUCUUCUACGAUAUCCGAGGAAACAAUGGUGUUAAGGCCCAAAUCAUGUGCCAGGCCCAGGAGGUUCAUGAGGGUGCUCCUGCUUUUGAGAAGCAGCAUGAUCAUAUAAGACGUGGUGAUAUCAUCGGAAUUAUUGGUUAUGCCGGACGAACUGCUCCCAAGACCAAGAUCGAGAAGGGCGAAGAGGGUGAACUCUCCAUCUUUGCCACAGAGGUCAUCUUGCUAUCGCCGUGUCUACACCAGUUGCCCGACGAAUACUACGGAUUCAAGGAUCAAGAGCAGCGUUACCGCAAGCGCUACCUCGAUCUUAUCAUGAACCCCAAGACCGCCCAGACCUACCGCACUCGCACCAAGAUUAUCAAGUAUAUUCGCAGCUACCUUGAUAAUGCCGGCUUCGAAGAGGUGGAAACUCCCAUUCUUAACCAGAUCGCUGGUGGUGCUACCGCCAAGCCUUUCCAAUCCCACCUCAACGACUACAACAUGGACAUCUUUUUAAGAAUAGCUCCCGAAUUACCCCUCAAGAUGUUGAUCGUCGGAGAGUACGACAAGGUUUACGAGAUUGGUCGCCUAUUCAGAAAUGAAGGUGCCGAUUUGACCCACAACCCUGAAUUCACCACCUGUGAAUUCUACGAAGCCUAUGCCGACUUCAACGACCUCAUGAAGAGGACCGAAGAGCUGGUUUCGGGUAUGGUGAAACAGCUCACUGGUAGUUAUGUGACUUCCUUCACCACCCAGCACGGCGAGACAUACACUGUGAACUGGGAGGCGCCGUGGCGACGAGUUGAGAUGAUUCCUGCGCUAGAGGAAGCAACUGGGGAAAAAUUCCCGCCCGCCGACCAGCUUCAUACUGAGGAGACGAGGGAGUGGCUCAAAGGUGUCAUGAAGAAGGUCAAGGUUGUCUGCCCCGAACCGCAGACCACCGCUAGGAUGCUCGAUAAGUUGACCGGCGAGUUCAUCGAGGAAACUGCCGUGAAUCCCACUUUUAUUACCGAGCAUCCCAAGAUCAUGUCGCCGUUGGCCAAGGACCACCGUGAGAAGGCCGGUCUAACGGAGCGAUUCGAGGCGUUCGUUUGCAAGAAGGAGAUUGCCAAUGCCUACACCGAGUUGAACCAACCGUUCGAACAGAGACUGCGCUUCGAGGAGCAGGCUAACCAGAAGGCGCAAGGAGACGACGAGGCGCAGAUGAUCGAUGAGACCUUCCUCAACGCUCUCGAGUACGGCCUACCCCCCACCGCCGGCUGGGGCUUGGGCAUAGACCGACUCGUCAUGUUCUUGACCAACAACUACACCAUCAAGGAGGUGUUGCUAUUCCCGUUCAUGAACCCUGAACAGAAGAAAGAGAAGGUUUCGACUGAAGGCGCCGCCGAGGAAUCACACGUACAUGUCGAGGGAAUUCGUAAGUUCUUAUAA